GAAACGAAAGGGAAACUAUUUUGGUUACACAAGUGGAGAAGAAAGUUGAGAAACAAAAGAGGAAAUAUGCCGAUCAAGUUCAGCGGAUGGGAGGCCUGCUAUGAAAAAGCAAAGCACCUACACCCAGGCCAGGCACCAAAAAGAAGUCAUGGCUACACCAUGUACCAUGGGACUCACAAGAGCAAUGCCCCAGCUAUCAUAUCAACAGGAUUCAGACCCUCUAUGGGAGGAACUCUAGGACCUGGAGUGUACUGCAGCAGGGACAUUAACAAGGCUAUGGCAUACCCAGGGUCCUGUGCGACCAAUGACAGGGUGGUGCUCAAGCUGAGGGUAAGAGUGGGCAAAGUGAAGAAGAUUGAUGCCCAAAGCAUACACCUGCAGACCACAUGGCAUCAGAAUGGAUACGACACAGCUUGGUUACCGUCCACUAUGGGUGGCUAUGAGGAAGACUGCGUGUGGGACCCGAAACGGCUCACAGUGGUUGGUAUUGCACACUGCACAGACUCUUCCACGAAGACUUCUCUGGAGAACCUUAUAAAGCAACAAGGAAAUGGAACAGGGCAGGGUCAGACCGGGUCAGUGGGUGUUCCAUGUACAAGCUGUGGGAAGCAAACCUUGGACAAACAUACUGUGGAGAAGUGCUGGGCCUGUAAAAUAGCUAUAUGUGCUUUUAUGGAUAAGCAUGUGUGUUUGAAGGUCUGAUUACUGACCUACAUGUUUACAUGAAGGAAACAUAAGCUUAUCAAUCUGGAGGAAAAAAGUGAAUGAAUAUUAAUGAAAGUGUUUUUUUUUUUUUUUAUUUGUAGUGUUUUUUUGUAGUUAUAACUCUAAACAAUGACUAGUUAUGUUCAUGUUAAAAAUGAAUAAAUAAACAAACAAACAAAUAAAUUAAGCAAUUAAAUUAAUGUUUCUGCAUUUGUCUGAAUCUAUAUAAGUGUGUCUGCUACUGGAAACCUUGAAACAUAGUUUCAAAACACAAGUUCUCAGAAAAUUUCCAUUUUCUUCAUUGACCUACAGCACAGCACGAUGAGUAGCUUAUGUUGUAAAGCAGUGAGAGAUUUUGAAAAAGUAGCAUGUGACAUAGAUUGUCAUGACAUCAGAAACAUAAUGGCACCUGUCAUGAUAGUUUCUUGUAAUGAUAACAUGACACUGAAUAAAAUAUAU